AUGGAAAGUUGGGUUUCAUUGGAUAUUUAUUGCAAAAUCUGUGUUACUGCACAAUCGAAAUGUGUUGCUAAGAAUGUGCUAGGAACGGCUGAAUCCAUAUGCUUUGGCAGUGUUAUCCCUCGCAAAUUUGGACAGCCGAAGAAGUUUGACAGGUUGAAAGCACCGAAAUUCCACAUGCCAUUAGCAAAUCCGCGGCAGAUACCCGAAGGCGCCGAAUUGGUCCUGACUUGUGUAGUUACUGGCAUUCCUGAACCGGCUGUCACGUGGUACAAAGAUGGAGAGAGGACGCAAGCUCCGCGCCUUGAAGCCCAAACCGUCAAGGCUGUGGUUAAGUUAGCCAGUUCACUACCCCAACAAAAUAAUUAUUCUAUAGCGGCUUUAUUCAUCACCUUAUCUUGUGCAGUACGCGCGACCUCAUAUGCAAGCCGUUAUCCGCUGGUAAACACAUGCUUAUGA